AGAGCGACAGACAGAAAGUGUGUGUGUGUGUGUGUGUGUGUGUGUGCAUGCAUGUGUGAGGAGUUCACAAGUGACGCGAUUCCGCACCUCACCAGAACGGAGCGCUUUUCAGUUUGACUGCUUCCACCGUGCGCGCGCGCCACAAAUCUGCUCAUUAUAACCGGAGGACCGAAAAGAGUUUGUUAUAACAAAAAUAUCUCGGUGGAAAAAUUUGAACUGGUUUACGAGAACAGGAACAUUUUGUCACCAAGAUGCUGGAGAUCUUUUUAGUGAUGCUGUGUGGACUGACGAGCUGUGUGUUGACCAAAGAUGCAGACUCUAAAGGAAGGUUCAGCUCUCCAGUGCUGGAUGUUACUGAGCGACAGAUCAUCCUAGAGAAGAACCAAAUCCUCCAGCUGAACUGCAGGGGGCGAUGGGGGCUAGAGUGGGUGUUCCCCUCGGGUGUGAGCAAGAGCCAUCCGAGUGCCCGUGUAGAAGAGACUCGUUGUGGCAAGCGCUCAAACCAGUAUUGCAGCCGCCUUAUCCUCAGCCCUGCCUUAGCCCAGCUUACAGGUUCCUACCGCUGCCGCUACUCCCACAAGCAGCACAAAAACACCUCUGUCUACGUUUUCAUCACAGAUAGCCAGCAGCCAUUUGUAAAGGUGCAGAAAGAGAUCCCAGACGUGGUCUACAUGAAAGAAGGACAAGACCUAGUGUUCCCCUGCAGGGUCACUAACCCUAACACCAAAGUGUCAUUGGUCAAAUUUCCUGACCGAAUACUUGGCACCGAUCAGAGGAACAUCAUUUGGAAUAACAGAAAGGGCUUUGUUAUCCGAAGCCCCACAUACUUCUACAUUGGUCUGUUUUCCUGCGAAACCAUCAUCAAUGGGACAAAAUACACCAACAAAUUUUUGACUUACAGACCAGUGAAUAAGAUCCAAAAGGUAUAUCUAAACAGCACUGGUGUGGUACAGGCUCUAGAAGGAGAGAGGCUGGCCUUAAACUGCACUGUUACAGCUGAGUGGAACUCAAGAGUGAACAUCAACUGGAGUUACCCUGGAAAGGCCAAUAAUAGAGCCUCAAUCAGUCGACGUAUAACCCAGAGCACGACCAAUGUGGUGUUCUACAGUAUUCUCACCAUCCAUAAACUUCACAAGGAUGAUAAAGGUAUCUACAUGUGCCAUGUAACAAGUGGACCAGCAAAGCGGGAAGUCAACACCUCAGUUAUAGUUUAUGAUCAUCCCUUCAUCAAGUUAAAGCAUAGAGAUGGUCCACUGGUACAGGCAUAUGCAGGGCAGAAAUCCUUUCGCCUGUCCCCUAAAUUACGGGCAUUCCCUGAACCUGAAGUCAUUUGGCUGAAAGAUGGGAUGGUAGCAGCAGAGCAGUGUUCACGUUAUCAUGCAGACGGCUAUUCUCUGGUGAUUCGAGAUGUUGCUGAAGAGGAUGCAGGGGUCUAUACCAUCCUCACUCGAAUCCAGCAGUUUGGUCUUCAUCAGAACCUGACUCUCUCACUUGUGGUAAAUGUUAAGCCUCUGAUUGGGGAGAAAGCUGUAGCAGUGCGUGACACAGCAACCGUACCACGGUCCAGCAGGCAAGUCCUCCGCUGCACUGCUCAUGGGGUCCCACUGCCUCAGAUUCAAUGGCUCUGGCAUCGUUGCCCUUCUAAAGGCCUAUGCAAAGAGCAGGUUUCCUCGUCCUGGACUGCAGUGAGUGAGAAGACAGCAGGCACAUCCACCUACAAUCCCGUCCUGAGCGUCACACACACACAGGAAGUGUUGCAGGGGAAGAAUAAGACUGUAGGUAUUUUAACAGUUGGCAAGGCCUUAAUAUCUGGCAUCUAUCGCUGCGUGGCUUCCAACUCAAUGGGCACAGAUGAACUGGACAUCCGCUUCUAUGUUACAGACAUCCAGGGAGGCUUCAGCAUCUCUGGGGAGUCAGUGGAGGGGCCAAGAGAGGGCAGAGAUUAUCACCUGUCCUGUGUAGCCAAUAAGCACCUGUAUUCCAACAUGUCCUGGCACAGAAUGAUAGGUAGCACAGCCAGUAACGUGGAUGGUCCACCUCUGGUUGGAGAGCUGACGGAGGGAGAAUACUCGCUCACAUUGAGCUUGGCGCUGAUGAACCUGACAGCGCAAGACUCUGGGAUGUACCGCUGCUCUGCCACACAUCUGGUCACGGGGCAGCACUCCCAUCAGGAUGCACUUGUGGCAGUUGCAGUUCUGGAGGCUCCGGUGCUGCUGCAGAACCUCAGCGACUGCAGCGUGAACAUCAGCAACUCUGUGACUCUUCAGUGUAAUGCCAGUGGAGUGCCACGACCUCUCGUCACGUGGUACAAGAACGGGAGGAAGCUCAAGCAGGUGUCUGGCAUCAUGCUGGCUCCGGAUGAUGGAACUCUUCACAUUGACCGCAUCACUGUUGAGGACGAGGGCAUGUACACGUGUGAGGCCACCAAUGAGAGAGGAUCUGCAGAGAGCUCGGCUUACAUUUCAGUGGAAAAUUCGGAGUCUUUCUCUCUGGAGAUCCCCACAUUAGCCUGCACCUGUGUGGUGGCUACUCUCUUCUGGCUGCUCCUAACACUUCUCAUUCGCAAGCUCAGACAGCCAAACUCAUCAAACAGUAAGACAGAAUACCUGCCAAUCAUCCUGCACCAGGGGGAGGGGCCUCUCGAUGAGCACUGUGAUAGGCUGCAGUAUGACGCUGAAAAGUGGGAGUUCCCACAGGAGCGUCUUCAGCUCGAAAAGCCACUUGGACGAGGAGCAUUUGGCAAAGUGAUGCAGGCGUCUGCCUUCGGCAUUGCCAACUCAACCGGCUGCACCACAGUGGCUGUGAAGAUGCUCAAAGAGGGCGCCACGCCAAGCGAGCACAAGGCGCUAAUGACAGAGCUGAAAAUCCUCAACCAUAUUGGACAUCACCUGAAUGUAGUGAAUCUCCUGGGAGCCUGCACAAGACCAGGAGGGCCUCUUAUGGUCAUAGUGGAAUACUGCAAGUACGGAAACCUGUCCUCAUACCUACGGAGCAAGAGAGAUGUGUUCAUGCUCAACAGGGUGACAGGAGAAGAGGAAAGCAGACAUCAGGACGAGUUUAAGAGCCAUGUGGAGGGUCAGAAAGUCAGCUCUGAGUUAGAGGGUGAGAGAAGAGAGGAAAACGAGGAAGACAAGGGUUCUGUCUUGUGCUCGAACACUCCUUUACACCUAGAGGACCUGAUCUCAUACAGCUUUCAGGUGGCCAGAGGCAUGGAGUUCCUCACCUCACGCAAGUGUAUACACAGAGACCUCGCUGCUCGCAACAUCCUUCUGUCUGAAAACAGCGUGGUGAAGAUCUGUGACUUUGGGCUGGCUCGAGACCUUUACAAAGAUCCUGAUUACGUGCGCAAGGGAGAUGCUCGCUUACCGCUGAAGUGGAUGUCUCCAGAAUCGAUCUUCGACAAGGUCUUCACCACUCAGAGUGAUGUGUGGUCUUUUGGUGUUCUGCUCUGGGAAAUCUUCUCACUUGGGGCUUCCCCGUAUCCAGGACUCAACAUUGACGAGGAGUUUUGCCACAGACUGAAACAGGGAACUCGGAUGCGUGCCCCAGAGUACGGCACCCCUGAACUCUACACCACCAUGCUGGCGUGCUGGGAGAGAAACCCAUCAGACAGACCCAGCUUCAGCGAGCUGGUGGGAACACUGGGAGACCUUCUCCAGGCCCGGGUGCAACAGGAGGGGAAGGAUUACAUCCCAUUGAACACGUUAUUGUCAGGAGAGAGCAGUGGAUCUGAGCAUCUGGAUUACAGAGAUGUACACCAAGGAACCCCGAGUUACAUCAACACAAGAAUCGAUGCUAUUACGACAUUUGAAGAGGAUCUGAACAGAGAAGUCCAGGAUGAUUCCCAGUCUGACAGUGGCAUGGUUCUCCCAUCUGAAGAGUUCAUCCAGAUGAAAUGGACUGACAAGUUCAAGAGCAAGAAGAUAACCAGGUUCUUCAUGAAAAGCCAGCACCAGGAGAGAAUGUCCCCCACUUCAGCCCUCCGCUGUGUAAGCAGCGCCCCCUGUGGCCGGGGGGAAAAUGAUGACACCGGUGUCCCGUGUAGUACGUCUCCUCCUGAUUACAACACCGCUCUGCUCUGCCCUUCUCUUUAACACACUCCUUAAUUGACUAACUCUUCAAUUAGUGAGUGUAUAACUUGACAAAAAAGGUGACUCGAGGACUCGUUAGCUUUAAACAAUUUAACAAUUAUUCUAAUAUCUGCAUUUAGCACAUUCAUCCUUAUAAAUAUUAUUAUUAUUAUUCAUAAACAUAUAUAGGUAAUUAGGAUUUUUUUAAGCAGGCCUAUUAAAUAGCUCUUCUAAUUUAAAAAGAAAUGGAUUAUGAAUUGUUAGAAGUUUCCAGAAAGGCUGGACAUCUUUGCUAAUUAAGUGUGCUUAAAUCUAAGGGUUUAAAUCCUAAAUCUUUUAUCUCAAAAAGUUUUAUAUUAUUAUUAUUUUUUAAUCAGUUAUUUAACUGAAUCGGGGGCACAGUGGCUUAGUGGUUAGCACGUUCGCCUCACACCUCCAGGGUUGGGGGUUCGAUUCCCGCCUCCACCUUGUGUGUGUGGAGUUUGCAUGUUCUCCCCAUGCCUCGGGGGUUUCCUCUGGGUACUCCGGUUUCCUCCCCCAGUCCAAAGACAUGCAUGGUAGGUUGAUUGGCAUAUCUGGAAAAUUGUCCGUAGUGAGUGAAUGUGUGUGUGUGUGUGUGCCCUGCGAUGGGUUGGCACUCCGUCCAGGGUGUAUCCUGCCUUGAUGCCAGAUUGCGCCUGAGAUAGGCACAGGCUCCCCGUGACCCGAGGUAGUUCGGAUAAGCGGUAGAAGAUGAAUGAAUGAAUGAAUGAAUUUAACUGAAUCGAGAUUUCAGUUAUUUAAAAUACAGAUUAUUAAAAUAAUUUCAAAAUAGAAAGCAUUGAAAUAACACUUUUAAAAAUAUGAAUAUAUCAACAGUAACAUCGCUUUUUCUACACAGAAAUCUGCACACAAAAUUAAACACCAACUUAUUUAAGCCUUUUAAGUAAUUUGUUUCCCUUUUAAAAUCAAUAAUCAUUUUAUUCCUCAUUUUACUUUGCCUUUUUGUUAUUUCCUAAUAUUUUACCAAAGAAAAAAAAACACCUUUAAAGCUCCAAGCAGGAACCAAACUGCUUCUGCAGCGAUUUCUUUACAUAUUUUUACACUUGAAUCUUCUCAAUAAUCUUGAUCAAUGCUUUUUGGACUCCUCGUAACUCCUCACAUGCCAACCUCAUGCUAAGUACAUUUGUAGUAGGAGAUGCUACAAAAAAGGAAGACACAAGGAAGUGUGAUUUAAAGGAACGAGAAUUCGAGAAGAGAAAUAAAUUCAAAUUGUGAUUCAUUUUCUAUUCACAGAGCAGCUAAAACCACUGAACUGUAGAGCAUCACAAUUUCACAAAUCUGUGUUGCCUAAACUAAUGCUGGAUGUCUACAACACGUUUAUUUAUUUACACUCAUUACCUUAGAUCUGCUUUUUUUAAUACAGUAAGGAUUUAUGUAGAUGCUUUUUUGUACGCUGCCUUCUGAAGUAUUCACCCCAGUGCAACUUUUCUAAACCCUUUCUAUUUUAUAAAUAAAAUCCAGACAGCUGUGAUUGAAUAAGAUUUUAGUUCAGGGGAAAACAGUCACGUUUACGUCACAUUGCACGACCAGAAAUUAAAGAGGCCGUGUCUCAGUCAGCUCCCUAGUUUGUAAAUCAGUAUUUCAGGUACACAGGUUCAGACACUAUAUUUUUUCUAUGAGAGGCUUCAGAAAACAUGACAUCAUUUCCACUACAGGAACAUAGUGAGCAUCAGUGCACCCUGGUCUUUUUGGUGCAUUGUGUUAUUGGAAGGAUUUUGCAAUUUAGACAGCCUUUUCAGUGUUGAUUGAGACACAGCCCAAUCACAUUAUCUCAAAACAAGUCCACCGUUUUCUUGAAGGCCUCAGAGACUGUUAAAGAUCAUUUGUAAUUCAUGAAGGCCAAGGAGCAAAACUCACCAUGAUGCUACCAGCACCAUGCUUCAUCACUGUUGUCUAAGCUUGGUGAUAAGCGAGGGUUGGGUUUUUAUAAGCUUAACAAAGUCAGCUUCAGUUCCAAGUUAUAAACACUAAAAAAUGUGGAGAGAAGUUAAAGGGGAGCGAAUACUCAGAACACCAUGCAUAUUUUAUAAAUUAUACACUGAAAAAUACAACUAUAAUUUUUUCCCCACACACUAUGUAUAGGCUCGUAAAACAAUCUAAUUUCUUGUAUAUUUGUAUGAGUUGUGUGUGGUAUGUACUGAUGGAUGGAAUAAACUGGAGAGUAGAUGAAUAGUAUCUGCUACUAAAAUCAGCAUUACAUAGUAAGUCACAUGACCAACAAAUACAGUGGAUAACUUUGUAAAGUUUUGUAUUCUUUAUUAAAAUACUGUUGUACACACAAAUAUUGCAAAAUGUGAGACAAUGAAACACAAUAGGGCAUUAAAAGUACUAAGAUCUUU